AUGGACUCCAAGAUACCUCUUCAUCCCUACUAUCCCCUUGAUGCCCAAAUCGAUGGAUAUGUUCCCAAUGAGGCUUCUUUGCUCUCCAUCCUCACCACCGCCAGCGUCGGCGCGACAGCGCUCCUGGGUGCCACUCUGACUCUGAUCAGCGUGAUUCGACCAAGUCUGAGGAAAGCAGAUCGACUCGCGAUAUUGUGGUUCGUUCUCUCGGGUUCACUUCACUGCUUUUUCGAGGGUUACUUUAUGAUUCACCAUGAUCAUAUGGCGUCUGCGCAAGACUUCUUCGGUCAGCUAUGGAAAGAGUAUGCUUUGUCCGAUUCUCGAUACAUGACCUCCGAUACCGUCGUCUUGUGCAUGGAAACCAUCACCGUUCUUCUCUGGGGCCCGCUCUGUUUUCUGGUCGCAUAUUUGAUUCUCUCCCAGCAUCCUCUGCGCCAUCCGUUGCAGAUCAUUGUGUGCAUGAGCCACCUUUAUGGUGAUGUUCUCUACUACGCAACGAGCUUAUUCGAUCAUUAUGUUCAUGGCCGACCAUACAGCCGCCCGGAGCCUUACUAUUUUUGGGUCUACUACUUUCUAAUGAAUUUCAUCUGGAUUGUGGUUCCGUUCUACUAUCUUUGCCAGAGUGUCCGGACAAUAUCGGAUGCCUUCAAGGCGUUGGGAGACGCUUCUGUGCAGCGCAAGGAUCGAUAA